AUGAAGAGCGGUGACUCAACUACCAUUGACGUUCCCCAUCAUGAGGCCAGCGGUGGCGCCGCAUCGAAAGGAAAAGGGGCAAUUCUGACAGUCCCUGCAAGGCAAGAGAAGGGAGGGAUGAGGAGAGGGAUGGCCAUAAUUGACUUGGUUUUGAGGAUUGGUGCUAUAGUGGCUGCUCUGGCUGCUGCAGCCACCAUGGGAACAAGUGAUCAAAACCUUCCUUUCUUCACCCAGUUCUUCCAGUUUGAAGCUAGCUAUGAUGACAUGCCCAGUUUCCAGUUUUUCCUCAUAGCAAUGUCACUUGUAGCUGGCUACUUGGUGCUCUCAGUUCCCUUCUCCAUAGUCUCCAUUGUUCGUCCCCAUGCAAGUGGAAUAAGGCUCUUGCUCCUCAUCCUUGACGUUGUGGCACUCACCCUGGCCACUUCUGCUGCUGGGGCUGCAACUGCCAUAGUCUACUUGGCUCACAAUGGCAACUCAAGCUCCAAUUGGCUUGCCAUCUGCAACCAGUUUGGUGAUUUCUGUCAGACAGUCAGCGGGGCUGUGGUGGCUUCGUUUGUUACUGUUGUUACCUUCAUGUUCUUGAUUCUGCUGUCUGCUGUGGCUCUCCGAAAGCAUUGAGACAAGAUAUGGAAGGGGAAAAGCUCUUCAAAAAUGACUGUGAAAGCUGUUUGUGAUUCUGUUUUGGUGCUUUUCUGCAUAAGUGC